UUGCAGCAUUAAUCCACUUACAAAACAGAUACAGGGAACAGACACGCCUACUCCUAUCAUGGGGUGCAGCCUGAAUACCUUACAAAUGAAGGGUAAUAUUUACAAUGAAAAUGCCCACCCAUCUCCAAAGAAAUCUGAGAAAAAAAAUAAAUUACUUGGGAAAUACAGCUGCAAUGAGUGUCAUAAACAUUUUACUCAGAAGAACGACUUUGAAAAACAUCAUAGAACUCACACAGGGGAGAAACCAUUUUCUUGCUCUGAAUGUGGGAAAUGUUUUACAAAUGUUUCUAAUCUUAUUCGUCAUCAAAGGACUCACACAGGGGAAAAACCAUUUUCUUGUUCUGAAUGUGGAAAAUCUUUUUCAACAAAACCAGAACUUGAUGUUCAUCAUAGAACCCACACAGGGGAGAAACCAUUUCCUUGUUGUGAUUGUGGGAAAUGUUUUACAAAUGUUUCUAAUCUUAUUCGUCAUCAAAGGACUCACACAGGGGAAAAACCAUUUUCUUGCUCUGAAUGUGGGAAAUGUUUUACAAAUGUUUCUAAUCUUAUUCGUCAUCAAAGGACUCACACAGGGGAAAAACCAUUUUCUUGUUCUGAAUGUGGAAAAUCUUUUUCAACAAAACCAGAACUUGAUCUUCAUCAUAGAGCCCACACAGGGGAGAAACCAUUUCCUUGUUCUGAUUGUGGGAAAUGUUUUACAAGUAUUUCUAAUCUUAUUCGUCAUCAAAGGACUCACUCAGGGGAAAAACCAUUUUCUUGUUCUGAAUGUGGGAAAUGUUUUUCAAAUGGAUCUAACGUUAUACGUCAUCACAGAACCCACACUGGGGAGAAACCAUUUUCUUGUUCUGAAUGUGGAAAUUAUUUUUCAACAAAACCUGAACUUGAUCGUCAUCACAAAACCCACACAGGGGUGAAACCAUUUUCUUGUUCUGAAUGUGGAAAUUCUUUUUUAACAAAACCUGAACUUGCUCGUCAUCACAAAACCCACACAGGGGUGAAACCAUUUUCUUGCUCUGAAUGUGGGAAAUGUUUUAUAACAAAACCAGAACUUUAUGUUCAUCAUAGAACCCACACAGGGGAGAAACCAUUUUCUUGCUCUGAAUGUGGGAAAUGUUUUACAAAUGUUUCUAAUCUUAUUCGUCAUCAAAGGACUCACACAGGGGAAAAAACAUUUUCUUGUUGCGAAUGUGGGAAAUGUUUUUCAAAGCAAUUUGACCUUGAUCAUCAUCAUCAAAGGACUCAUAAAGGGGAGAAACCAUUAUCUUGUUCUAAAUGAGGAAAAUUAUUUGCGUUGAACAGUAGUCUUACCCAUAUACACACCAAUAUUAACGUAGGAAACCUUGUUUCUUACAAUAUUUUGUGAGUGUAUGGCAGAUUGACGAGACGACUGAUCUUGCAAAAGCUUCGAGUAUCGAUCGUCUCGUUGAUCAGGUGGGACAAAAGAUUUUGAUGGGAGCCUGAGCAAAAUCUGCAUUUAGGGCUGAAUCAUCAGGCCGAGGUAGAAUCCUUAUUAUUUCUAUCUCCAUAUCUGACGAUUCAGCCCUGAA